GGGCGAGCAGCAGACGGGAACGUGACGCGGCCAUUGAGGAUAGCCGUCCCUUUUGCUACUCGCCCGGGCAAGUUAAGAGAGGAAGGUCAGGACUCGCUCCGCAGACUUUAGAACUAUAAAACCGCGUGCCCUCCAGGCCAGGACGCGGAGAAUACAAUCGUGUUCAGUUGGCGUAAGGGGUAGCGCGACGUGGCGGCCCGGACAGUAGUGGCAAAGUGUGAGAAGUUACGUGUAAUUUCUCUGGAGGCUCAGGCGCGGCUGGCGCAGCGCAAGGCGUCGACGGCGGCGCCGCUGUCGGGGGAGUGCACGCCCGCCUCGGCCACGCAGGGCUCCGAGGACGCCCUCGCGCCCGCCCUCGAGAAGGGCUACCCCUUCGCCCUGGUGCUGCGGCUGCGCGUGCUGCAGAUCGUGUGCGGCAUCUCGGUGAUGGUGAUGGGCACAGUGGCCUUCAUCGAGGAAGGUAGCGAGCUCAACUUGGGACUCGGCAUCCCGGCGGGCGCCGCCACGGUGCUUGCAGCAGCGGCCAGCAUCCACACCAGCCGGGGCUUCGGGGCUACGAUCGUCGUCGUGCGCGCCGGUCUCCCGUGGGCGGCGCUGCGCUUCCUGGGCGUCGCGCGGGGUGCGGCCCCGCUGGCGCUGCUGUGGGCGCGGCAUGCGCGCUGCACGGGCGCUGCUCUGGUGCAGGCGGCGCGCACGCUGGCGACGCCGUCGCCCCGGGCCUCCCGCGCCCACGGCCCGCCCCCCGCCCGCCCCGGCCGACGAGCCGCCCGCUCGCUCCCGGACGCCCCGCCCCCGCGCGGCGCCCUGGAGGGCGCCGCCAACGCGCCGCUGCCGCAGCCGCAGAGGGACUUCGUG